AUGUGGUUGAGCGUAGUUGCUUGUUUUUUAUUUGGUGUAGUGACCUUAGCUGUCAGUGAAAAGGCCGAUUCGAGGAUAGUACAUAUAGAUUCAGGCCCCGUUCGAGGUUACAAGGAUCCUAACGAAGACAUUUUUGUAUAUUAUGGCAUUCCAUAUGCAAAGGCUCCCAGUGGAUCCGAUAAGUUUAAGGCACCUCUGCCAUCGCCGAAAUGGAUUUAUCCAUUAGAAGCCCUAGAUAAAGGAAUAAUAUGCCCACAAGCUGAUUUUUUUAAUUUAAAUCAUUCUAAAACCAUGCAGGAAGAUUGCCUCAUUGCUAAUGUAUAUGUGCCAAAUACUGAGAAAAGUAAUCUACCAGUUGUCAUCUAUAUCCAUGGUGGUGGAUUUAUGAUGGGAUUUGGAGAUAUUGUUACACCAAAAAAAAUUGUUGGUAGCAAAGAUAUUAUUGUUGUCACUUUCAAUUAUAGACUCGGAGCACAUGGUUUUCUCUGCUUAGGUACAAACGAUGUGCCUGGUAAUGCUGGAAUGAAAGAUCAAGUAGCAUUACUUCGUUGGACAAAGAAAAAUAUUGCGUAUUUUGGUGGAAAUUCAGAUGAUAUAACAGUAGCAGGUUACAGUGCUGGCUCUGUCUCUGCAGAUUUAUUGAUCUUAUCAAAAACAACUAACGGUUUGUUUAAAAAAGUUAUUCCAGAGAGCGGUGCAAAUCUGUCACCUUUUAGCGUUCAAGUUGAUCCCAUUCAAAAUGCUAUCGAAUAUGGAAAAGUAUUAAAAUUUGAAAAUGGCGAUAUACACGCAUUAGAAGAUUUUUACAAAAAUGCUCCCUAUGAACUUCUACAGUCAGGAAGCGAUAUUAUUAGGACAGAUAUUCUUAUGGUACCUUGUGUAGAGCGAGAACAUGGCGAAGAAAGAUUCCUAGAGGACAGUCCUUUUAAUAUUUUAAAUGGUGGCAAUUUCACUACGUUUCCUAUGCUGUAUGGUUUCGCUAACAUGGAAGGAUUACUAAGGAUUCCCGUUUUUGAUCAAUGGAAGGAAAAAAUGAACACCUAUUUUCCUGACUUUUUACCAGUUGACUUACAAUUUAAGAACGAUAAAGAGAAAGGGGCAGUGGCGGAGAAAAUAAAAAGAUUCUAUUUUAAAGAUAAUCCCAUCAAUGAGCAAAAUAUUUUGGGUUUCAUUGAUUUUGUGUCAGACACUUAUUUUACUUGCCCAACAUUGAGAUCUGUUAACUUUCAAUUAAAAGCUGGAAAUAAUAACAUUUACGUUUACGAAUAUUCUUUCGUAGAAGACAGCACACCUUUAGUUCCUCACACGGAAGUACGGGGAGCAGGUCAUUGUUUUCAAACAGUAGCAGUUUUAGAUGGAAUUCAAUUUAAUGUAUCAGAUGAAACUAAUAUGUCAGAAGAUCUAAGAGAAAUGAAGGAGCUAAUGAGGGAUCUCUGGACGAGUUUUGCUAAAAAUGGGCGCCCUGAAAGCCCUGGAGUACUCAGCUGGCCACCUGUUCGAGAAGACAUGUCACCAUACAUGGUCCUCAAGAAAAAUCCCCAACUCGGAAAAUCAUUGUUGAAAGAACGAUGCACUUUUUGGGAAGGAAUAUAUCAGAACCAUUACUAUAACCCUAUACCGCCUUACAUACCUUCGUUAACAAUUAACAAUGAACUUGCACCGCUGCCACCGCCAAUAUGGUUCGAGACUUUGGAAGCGGUAAAUAAAGAGAUUAUUUGCCCACAAAUAAAUGUGCCAAUGUUUGUGAAUAACAGAAUAAUGCAAGAAGAUUGCCUCAUCGCUAAUGUUUAUGUACCGGACACAGGUGAAAAGAAUCUUCCAGUUGUUGUUUACGUUCAUGGAGGAGCAUUUAUACUUGGUUUCGGAAAUUUAGCCACGCCAAAAAAAUUGGUUAGCAGUAAAAGAAUAAUUGCUGUUACAUUUAAUUACCGACUUGGAGCGCACGGUUUUCUGUGCUUAGGGACAGAAGAAGCACCUGGAAAUGCGGGUAUGAAAGAUCAAGUGGCACUUUUACGCUGGGUUAAGAAAAAUAUUGCAAGUUUCGGUGGCAAUCCUGACGAUGUCACAAUAGCAGGCGGCAGUGCAGGCUCAACAGCGGUAGAUCUGUUAAUGAUAUCUAAAAUGGCAUCAGGUUUGUUCACCAAAGUUAUACCUGAGAGCGGUGCCAACAUUGCGCCAUACAGUGUCCAAGUAGAUCCAUUACAGAACGCCAAAGAGUAUGCUAAAUUAUUGCAAUAUAAUGGGCCGGAUGAUGUUUAUCAAUUACAAGAAUUUUAUAAAAGUGCCUCAUAUGAACUACUACAAUCAGGUAACGUUAUUUACAGAACUGAUUCUGUAUUUCUUAUGGGACCUUGUGUGGAGCGAGAUAUUGGUGAAGAGAGAUUUCUUCAAGAUAGUCCAUUAAAUAUUUUAAAGAAAGGAAAUUUUGACAAAUUGCCCAUGUUAUACGGUUUCACAAACAUGGAAGGACUUCUGAGAAUUGAUAUAUUUGAUUCGUGGAAAAAUGAAAUGAACAGUAGGUUUUCCGACUUCUUGCCACCUGAUUUGCAAUUUCAAUCGGAAUCAGAGAAAGAAGCAGUAGCAAAAAAAAUUAAAAAGUUUUAUUUUGAUGACAAAGAUGUUGGUGAUAAUACUGUUUUAGAUUAUGUAAACUAUUUCUCAGAUAUUAUGUUUGCUUGUCCAACCUUAAGAUCAAUAAACCUUCAGUUAAAAGCCGGCAAUAAUGACAUAUAUUUAUACGAGUACUCUUUCGUGGAAGAUAGUACGCCAUUAGUUCCACAUACAAAUGUACGUGGAGCAAAUCAUUGUGCUCAGACGGCUGCUGUGUUGGAUGGAGCUAAUAUAACAUCAUUAGAUGAAUCAGUUAUAUCAGAUGACUUAAGAACGAUGAAACGUAUCAUGAGAGAACUUUGGUUAAAUUUUAUAACAACAGGAAAACCUGAAAGCUCCGAAGUACCGGCAUGGGUACCCGUGAGUGCGGAUUGGUCGCCGCAUAUGGCCCUGAAAAAGAAUCCAGAGCUUCGAGGAUCUUUGUUGAAAGAGAGAUGUUUAUUCUGGGACCAAAUCUUUGACAAAUAUUAUCGAUCGCCGCUACCGCCCGCGGUUCCUCCACCACGACGUAACGAACUGUAAUUGAAGAAUAAUGUCAUCGUUCCGAAUUAGUUAAAAAUGUUCGUGUCGAUCAUUAGUUGCGUUAUAAAAAUUCUAUUUGAUAUUGUUAUUGUCAUAUAAAAUAUACUAUUUAAUAUUUUAUAAAAAUAUAUGUGUUAGUACCAGUCUAACCAGCAUAUA